AUGAAACCAACAAUACAACUUCAGUCGCCACAGUUGGAGUUUCGUGGCGCCCUAGUUCAACAGUUACGUGAAGUAUCUAAAAAGCUAGGAUUGUCCAUUGCAACUAUACACUCAGCUGUGGCUCACUUAGACCUAUUUAUGGAUGCCCAUAGAUUAAGGUCUGAUAGACUCACACACGUAGCACUGGCUUGCUUAAGUUUAGCAGCAAAGAGCGACGUAAAAUUUAGCCUAGCACCAACCCUGAAAACAUUAUCAAAGGCCAGCGGUGUACAACUAUGUGGAAACACAUUCCGGCAGUUAGAAUGGAUGGUGGGCCAGCAUGUGCGAUGGAGGCUUCUAGCGCCCACGCCUGUAACUUUUGCUUCCUUGCUGGCUCAGUAUGUUGUAACGGACAGCGAUUUGACUACAAGACAUCCGAAAUUUGUAAGGCGCUUCAGACGGGACGGCAUCAAGUUGUUGGAGGCAUAUUUAGACUUGACAUUGUCAGACGUACGUUUAAAAGUAGUAGACAGCGUAGAAGUGGGUUGUGCGUGCGUAUCUUGCGCGCGCGCGGAGCUUGGUCUAUCCGCGUGGCCCGAUUAUUUAGCUGAUGUUGCUGGAAAGACUAAUGAGACAAUAGCACCCAUUGCACGACUACUACAUAGGAUGAUGCAAAUAAAAUCACGGGAAACUACCGAAUGCGAAGUGGAUCAAGGUUAUAGCAGUGCAAGAACAACACCAAAUAUAACACCUUCCACAUCACCACAAUAUCACAUUACUUCAAACUACCCUCAAAAUAUUUCUAAUAUUAGCUACUACCAAAAUCAGACAGAUUAUAGGUUAUAUAGGGCUAGCAGAUUAAUUGAGGCAAGCGUUGAACCCUCUACCAGUAUGGCUGUGAAACGGAUUAGAGAUCAAAGUGAAUUAGAGUUAGAUAGAAAGAGAUAUAGGGUAGCUAUUUCUCAAGCGGUUCAAUGA